AUGAAGAAAAAUAAAGAAGUUGAUUCGAUUAUGUUAGAAAAGAAAACUAUGGAUGAAAAAUUUAAGAAUAUCAAGGAAUUCAAGACUGGUCGGAGGGAUCAUGUAUCUUCAGGAUCAGGAAAGGGCAAAGUCAACAUCGUUUCCAAAAAAGUUACUGAGGAAGAUCUGACGUUGACUGAGAAAGAAAAGGUUGCAAGAGAAAAGAGGGAUAAGGAACUUGAUGAGCUCAAUGCCUUGAGGGAAAAAUUGGAUGUUGAAGAGGCCGAAGCCAGGAAUUCAGAAAUGAUUCUUGAGAAUAAUAAAGCUCUAUUUCCGGCCUGGAUGCUUGAUCGUAUGCAAAGUAAGCUAUCGAUGAGUCAAAUACUUUUUGGUUGGAACCAAAAACCUAUUUCGACAUCAAAAACGAAGUGGAGUGUCAGUUCGAUUUCCCUAUCACUCCAAGAACUUUGA